CAAGGUUUUAGCAAUGUAAACUCCCGAGAUUUGACGAUGAACCGUAAGAAUCUGGGGAAAAUGGUGCAUUCAAUCGCGCAAUAAGCCUUAAGUUUGGGUAACAUUUCAUUUUUCGGAGAAAGUUGCGAUGUUAUUGUCCAGAAAUCAGAAAAGGGUUCAGAAACUGCUGAAUAUGAUUACCCAUGUCAACAAUUUCAUAGCUUUCUCUUCCAUUCCUCGUCAAAACCGAGUUCCGGCUCCAAGGUUCGACCUUUCUCCUGUUUCAUUUACAGUUCGGUGUUUUCAAAUUGAAAGCUGUGUCCGUAGGGACAAAUCUGAGUUACAGCAACACUCGUCUCAGCUACCCACUCGGUUUUUCGUUAACCCGGUUUCACGAGCAGUUAGGAAUCAGGCUCAGGGAGCUCUUUUUGAUUACUUGCAUAGUACUAGAAGCCUUUCUUUUACUGAUGCAGAGCAUAUUAGCAAGAAUUCGCCGCGAUUUAUCUCGAAUUUGCUGUCCAAAAUCGAUGAUAACCACAAGGAUAUCUCCAGGGCAUUGACUAAAUACCUUAGGUACAAUCCCAUAAACGAGUUCGAACCGUUUUUCGAGAGUUUGGGUUUGUGCCCAUCUGAGUUUGAGCCGUUGCUUCCACAGCAGCCGAUGUUUUUGAGCGAUGAUGGUAUCAUGUUUGAGAACUUCCAUGCUCUUUGUAACUAUGGGAUCCCUCGUGGCAAGAUUGGCCGUGUGUAUAAAGAAGCAAGAGAGGUUUUCAGAUAUGAAUCUGGGAUGUUGGAGUCGAAGCUCAGGGCUUAUGAGGAUUUGGGUCUUAGGAAGGCUACAGUGAUCAAGUUAGUUACUAGUUGCCCUUUGCUGCUUGUUGGUGGGAUUGAUGGUGAAUUUGCUUGUGUGGUUGAUAAGUUGAAGGGGUUACCAGUAGGAUGUGAUUGGCUCGAGCGAGACUUGUCUGACCGGAAAACAUAUAGCUGGCACAGGAUUCUUGAGACAAUAGAGUUUCUUGAAAAAGUGGGAUGUAAAGAGGAGAAGUUGAGUAGUCUUUUGAAAACGUAUCCUGCUUUGGUGAUUGAAGGCUCUGGUAAGAAGUUCUAUGUUUUGUUUGGUAGGUUGUUUAAAUUGGGGCUUCAAGUGAAUGAGAUUUAUAGGCUGUUUAUAGACAACCCAGAGAUGUUGUCAGACAAAUGCGUGAAAAAUAUUCGGAAGACGCUGGAUUUCUUGGUUGCUAUUAGAAUGGAGACGCAGUUUAUCAGAAAGACUUUGCUGAGUCACAUGGAGCUUAUCGGUACAUGCUCUCUGCAAGCACCUAGAACUGCUUGUAAUAGUUUGAAUGUUAGCCAAGACGAGCUAUGUCAGAUCUUAAAGGAAGAUCCUUUGAGAUUGUUCACUCUUGUUUCUACAACAACGAAUAGAAAAAGCAAACUUCUAUCGGAAGACUCAAGGAAAUACGCAGAGAAGACAGCGUUUUUGCUGAGGCUAGGGUAUGUAGAGAACUCGGAUGAGAUGGUGAAGGCUCUGAAACGGUUUCGAGGGAGGGGAGAUCAGCUGCAGGAGAGAUUUGAUUGCCUCGUGAAAGCUGGUUUAAACCAUAAUGUGGUUACGGAGAUGAUCAAGCAUGCUCCAAUGAUACUCAACCUGUCUAAAGAUGUCAUAGAGAAGAAGAUACAUUCGUUAACCGAACUUCUUGGCUAUCCAAUUGAAUCUCUGGUGAGUUUCCCGGCAUAUCUGUGUUAUGAUAUGCAGAGAAUACAUCACAGAUUCUCAAUGUAUUUAUGGUUGAGGGAAAGAGAUGCAGCAAAGCCAUUGCUGUCACCAAGCACUAUUCUCACUUGUGGUGAUGCUCGUUUUGUGAGGUAUUUUGUCAAUGUGCACCCUGAAGGUCCAGCCAUUUGGAAAAGUAUAAACCAGUCAUCUACCUGAAGUGAAGUUUCUUGGCACGGUUUCUUGAUUUCUGUACAACUGAGAUAGUGAAGGAUGUGCUGAUGCAAGACUAAAAAAAAUUGUGAGUUUAUGGUAUAGACCUCUUAAUUCUUUCAAAGUAUUCCUUAUGUCCAAAUUCAGAUUG